AUGCGGGCGGUGGUGUGCACCCGGCUGGGGGACGCCAGCAAACCCUUCGGCACCCCCGAUGCCCCGCUGGCCCUCGUGGAUGACCAGCCGCGCCAGCAGCUGCCCAGCAAGGGCGUGCGCAUCCGGGUGUCGGCCGGGGCCCUCAACUUUGCAGAUGCCCUGAUGGUCAAGGGGACCUACCAGGAGAAGCCACCCCUGCCCUUCAUCCCGGGCAGCGAGUGCAGCGGCACCGUCAUCGAGGUGGGCAGCGGGGUGCGGAGCGUGGCGGUUGGGGACAAGGUGUGCGCCCUCACCCCCAGCCACGCGCUGUGCGAGGAGGCGGUGGCGGACGAGGCGUCGGUGGUCCGCCUGGACCCCAGCACCAGCGAGGCGCGGCUGGAGGAGGCGGCGGGCCUCCCCGUCACAUAUGGCACGGCCUACCUCGCGCUGGUGGACCGCGCCCGCCUGGCGCCCGGCCAGACCCUGCUCGUCCUGGGCGCCGGCGGCGGCGUCGGCCUGGCGGCCGUGCAGCUCGGGCGCGCGCUGGGCGCGCGCGUGGUGGCCGUCGCGCGCGGUCCGGAGAAGGGCGCGGUGCUGCGCGCGGCCGGCGCCGACGCUGUGAUCGACUCGGCGGCCGCCGGGAAGCUGCGCGACGCCAUCAAGGCCGCCGCGCCGCGCGGCGUGGAUGUGGUGCUGGACCCCGUGGGCGGCGACCACUUCUUCGAGGCCUUCAAGUGCGUGGCCUGGGGCGCGCACAUGCUCGUCGUCGGCUUCGCGGGCGGGGUGCCCAAUAUCCCCGCCAACAUCGCGCUGGUCAAGAACACCACCAUCCACGGCAUCUACUGGGGCUCGUACCAGCGCAAGCAGCCCGCCGUCUUCCGGAGGUCCCUGGACGAGUGCGCCGCGCUGUUCAGCCAGGGCAAGGUCAGCGUCCACGCCAGCCACCGCUUCCCUCUGGAGCAGGCGCCCGAGGCCUUUGCAGUGCUCAUGAACCGCGGGGUGAUCGGAAAGCUCCUGGUGUUGCCCCGGAAACAGGCCAGGAUUUGA